AUAAAGCUCAAGAGCUAAAACAUAAGUCCAUCUAGUAAAUUCCAUAAUCAUUUUUCUCGUUAUUUUUCUACCCUUUUCUCGGAAAGUAGGGGAAUUCCUGAAAACAAACAAAACAAAAGAAAGAAAAAAAAAAAACCCCAAAAAGAAAGGAAAAGAAAUUAGCCGUUUUUCUUUUGGAUCAAUCCGAGAUCUGCUAAAGUUUUCCUCAAGAAACUUUCCCGGUUGAUCCUCACACUAAAAAAGAAAAAAAAACCAUCAUAUUUUUUUUUUAAUUUUCAAAAUUUGAGUAAUUUUGAGAAGAGAGAAACGAGGAAAAUGAAUAUAUUCAGAUUAGCAGGGGACAUGACCCAUUUGUUAAGUGUUGUUGUUUUACUGCUCAAGAUCCACACCAUCAAAUCUUGCGCUGGCAUUUCCCUGAAGACUCAGGAACUCUAUGCCAUUGUCUUUGCUACUCGCUACUUGGACAUAUUCACUAGUUACAUUUCGCUUUAUAACACGAUCAUGAAGCUAAUAUUCCUGGGGAGCUCUUUCUCAAUCGUAUGGUACAUGCGAUAUCACAAGAUAGUUCGUAGAUCUUAUGAUAAGGACCAGGAUACAUUUCGCCAUUAUUUCCUUAUUCUGCCUUGGCUAAUUCUUGCCCUUCUUAUAAAUGAAAAGUUCACCUUCAGCGAGGUCAUGUGGACUUUUUCCUUAUAUUUGGAAGCUGUUGCCAUCCUUCCUCAGCUUGUAUUGUUGCAAAGGACUAGAAAUAUUGACAACUUGACUGGACAAUAUGUGUUUCUCCUUGGUGCAUACCGAGCAUUCUACAUAUUGAACUGGAUUUAUCGGUACUUUACUGAAGAGCACUUUGUCCACUGGAUAACUUGGAUUUCAGGGCUUGUCCAGACAUUGCUUUAUGCUGAUUUCUUCUACUAUUACUUCCAGAGCUGGAAGAACAAUGUAAAGCUCCAAUUACCAGCUUGA